AUGGAUGGGGAUCCAGAGGGAUGGGGUGGGAUCCAGAAUGAUGAGGGCAGCAAGGAAAGAUUCCACUGGCAGAGCCACAAUGUCAAGCAGAGUGGUGUGGAUGACAUGGUCCUGCUCUCCAAGAUCUCCGAGGACUCCAUCGUGGAGAACCUCAAGAAGCGCUUUAUGGACGAUUACAUCUUUACCUACAUCGGGCCGGUGCUCAUCUCGGUCAACCCCUUCAAGCAGAUGCCCUACUUCACGGACCGGGAGGUGGAGCUGUACCAGGGGGCGGCUCAGUAUGAAAAUCCCCCCCAUAUCUACGCCCUGACGGACAACAUGUACAGGAACAUGCUGAUUGAUGGGGAGAACCAGUGUGUCAUCAUCAGUGGAGAAAGUGGGGCUGGGAAAACGGUGGCAGCAAAAUACAUCAUGGGCUACAUCUCCAAAGUGUCUGGGGGUGGUGAGAAAGUGCAGCACGUGAAGGACAUCAUCCUGCAGUCCAACCCACUGCUGGAAGCCUUUGGAAAUGCCAAAACUGUCCGGAACAACAACUCCAGCCGCUUCGGGAAAUACUUUGAGAUCCAGUUCAGCCGGGGAGGUGAACCCGACGGGGGCAAGAUCUCCAACUUCCUGCUGGAGAAGUCGCGGGUGGUGAACCAGAACGAGUGCGAGAGGAACUUCCACAUCUACUAUCAGCUGAUCGAAGGGGCAUCCCAAGAGCAGAGGCAGAACCUGGGCAUCAUGAGCCCUGAUUAUUACUAUUACCUGAACCAGUCGGACACGUACCGGGUGGAGGGCACGGACGAUCGCAGCGACUUCCACGAGACCAUGAAUGCCAUGCAGGUGAUUGGCAUCCGGGGUGAGGACCAGCAGCUGGUGCUGCAGAUCGUGGCCGGGAUCCUCCACCUGGGAAACAUCAGCUUUCGGGAGGAAGGCAACUAUGCUCAGGUGGAAAAUGCUGACUCCUUGGCCUUCCCUGCCUACCUGCUGGGGAUCUCCCAGGAUGGCCUCAACGAGAAGGUGACCAGCAGGAAAAUGGACAGCAAGUGGGGCGGCCGCUCCGAGUCCAUCACCGUCACCCUCAACGUGGAGCAGGCAGCCUACACCCGGGAUGCCCUGGCCAAGGGGCUCUACUCGAGGGUCUUUGACUUCCUGGUGGAGUCCAUCAACCGGGCCAUGCAGAAGCCACACCAGGAGUACAGCAUCGGGGUGCUGGACAUCUAUGGCUUUGAAAUCUUCCAGAAAAAUGGCUUUGAGCAGUUCUGCAUUAACUUUGUGAACGAGAAGCUGCAGCAGAUCUUCAUAGAGCUGACCCUGAAGGCAGAGCAGGAGGAAUACGUGCAGGAGGGCAUCAAGUGGACCCAGAUCCAGUACUUCAACAACAAGGUGGUGUGUGACCUGAUAGAGAACAAGCUGAACCCCCCUGGGAUCAUGAGUGUCCUGGAUGAUGUCUGUGCCACCAUGCACGCCACGGGGGAGGGGGCAGACCAGACCCUGCUGCAGAAGCUGCAGGCGGCCGUGGGCACCCACGAGCACUUCAACAGCUGGAGCUCAGGCUUUGUCAUCCACCACUACGCGGGCAAGGUCUCCUACGACGUGAGCGGCUUCUGCGAGCGCAACCGGGACGUGCUCUUCACCGACCUGAUCGAGCUGAUGCAGAGCAGUGAAUACGCUUUCAUCCGGAUGCUUUUCCCAGAAAAACUUGAUGCUGACAAAAAGGGACGUCCCACCACCGCGGGCUCCAAAAUCAAGAAACAGGCCAACGACCUGGUGAACACCCUCAUGAAGUGCACCCCACACUACAUCCGCUGCAUCAAGCCCAACGAGACCAAGAAACCCCGGGACUGGGAGGAGAGCAGGGUGAAGCACCAAGUCGAGUACCUGGGGCUGAAGGAGAACAUCCGCGUGCGCCGCGCCGGGUUCGCCUACCGCCGCCUCUUCCACAAGUUCCUGCAGCGCUAUGCCAUCCUCACCCCCGAGACGUGGCCGUGCUGGCGGGGGGACGAGCGGCAAGGGGUGCAGCACUUGCUGCGCUCCGUCAACAUGGACCCGGACCAGUACCAGAUGGGGAGGAGCAAAGUGUUCGUCAAGAACCCCGAGUCGCUCUUCCUCCUCGAAGAGAUGCGGGAGCGGAAAUUCGACGGCUUCGCCCGGGUGAUCCAGAAGGCCUGGAGGCAGCACGUGGCCACCCGCAAGUACGAGCAGAUGAGAGAGGAGGCCUCCAACAUCCUCUACAACUUCAAAGAGCGGCGGAGGAACAGCAUCAACAGGAAUUUCGUGGGCGAUUACCUGGGCAUGGAGGAGCGGCCGGAGCUGCGCCAGUUCCUGGCCAAGAGGGAAAGGGUCGACUUUGCUGACUCCAUCACCAAGUAUGACCGGAGGUUCAAGCUCCAACCCCAGCGCUGGCUUUGCCCACCCCCCCCACUGACACCCCCACGCUGGGGUUGCUCCUGCAGCACCAGGCAGGAUGAUUUCUUCAUCCUCCACGAGAACGAUGCUGAUAACUUCUUGGAGUCCAUCUUCAAGACGGAGCUGAUCAGCCUGCUGUGCAAGCGCUACGAGGAGCUCACCCGCUCCAAGCUGCGCCUCUCCUUCAAGGACACACUACAGUUUCGGGUGAAGAAGGAGGGCUGGGGUGGUGGUGGCACCCGCAGUGUCACCUUCAUCAGAGGACAGGGUGACAUGGCUGCCCUCAAAGCUGGAGGCAAAACCCUGACGGUCAGCAUUGGGGACGGGCUCCCCAGGAAU